AUGGAGGUACUUCGGAGAAAAUCUGUUGGAAAUGCAAGUUCUUCCGAAAGUGGAGAGAAGGUUCUUCCUCAUUAUCUCAGAGCCUCUACUGUUUCUUGUCACGACUUUUGCAAGUAUGGCAAGAAGCAUGCAUUUGAAGCUAAGGGAAGACCUCGCAUAGCAAAAAGUAAUAGGAAACCAUCAAUUGACAACCAAAGUCCAACGUGGCUUCCCCAAGAGUUUCGCAGGCAUCUCCAAGGAACAUCGUUGUCUCCUAAGCCUUCUAUCAGUAGAGUUGCAAAGAAAGUAAUGGCUUCCCCAAGAGUUUCACAGGCAUCUCCAAGGGCAUCGUUGUCUCCUAAACCUUCUAUCAGUAGAGUUACAAAGAAAGUAUUGGUUUCCCCAAGAGUUUCUCUGGCAUCCCCAAGGGCAUCAUUGUCUCCUAGACCUUCUCUCAAUAGAGUUGCAAGCCUAAAUGCCAGAAAGCAUAAGAGCUUGAAAGUUGUGUCCCCUAUGAAGAAUCAGGGCCAGACUAAAACAGAUGAACCGAAGGAAUCCAAGGUUGAGCUUAAGCACACUAAUGAUGAUUUGGUCCAGGAAAAAACCCUGUAUGUUAUCAAGAUGGAAACUGAGAACAGAUCUUUGGAAUCUGAUCAAAAUGAAAUCUGUGUUGUUGAACCAGCUCCGCCUCCAUCAUGCUCGUUAGCCGAAUCCCUUACAGCUUCUUCAUCAUCAUCAUUACAUAAUGAAGAACAGCAAGAGGUAUCAGAGUAUACAGAGACUGGAACAGAAGACGACUUUCUUUCUGAAUCUGAUGAAACCUUCAGCAUGGAAGAAGAAGAAACUAUGGAGAAUGAACACCCAGGGAGGUCUAGAAAAGAUGGGAUGGUUUACUCUGAGGAAAAAGGUUCCCAGGCAAUGAAAUUACAUUUUAGGAAGGGAAAGGUGGUUGACAUUCAGUCUGACAACAAUGGUCCAAGAAGGCUCAAGUUCAGGAGAGGAAGAGUGCUUGGAGAGAAGCCAAAUCUCAAGGGUGAUGGCAGAAGAAGCUUUAAGAAGAGAGGAACUGAUGGUGUGGUGAUUGACAGCAAAUCCAGUUCACAAAAGGUUGUUUUGAGACAUCAAGAUGUUCAGGGAAAGAAAGAUUCCCAAAUCCUGUUUAAUAACGUCAUUGAACAAACAGCAAGUAAACUUGCUGAAAUCCGGAAAAGUAAGGUUAAGGCCUUGGUUGGUGCUUUUGAAACAGUUAUCUCCCUCCAAGAGACCAAACCUUCGGCAAACACUGUCGCCUGACUUGGAAUACAUCGCUUUUAUUAACAGUUCUUAGUUCUUUUUCAAAUAUGGUAGUGAAUAAACCUAAGCUUUUGCGUGAAGAAGUGAAGUUCACAAGCUUAUGUAGUUGCAGAAGUGUUAAAGUAGAUUGCUUCGGUGGACUCGAGAGAACCCAGAUACUGAGCUGAAUGUCCGAAUCCUUUGUGUACUGACAUUGACUUGCUUCAUAUACAUUUUCUGGAGGGUAUGCUUCAUUUCCUCUUUGAAUCCCAUACCCAAUGUGAUUGUUAAUAUACAGUUAAUAAAAAAAAUAUACUCAUGACUUCCAUGUACCUUUUAAGUGUGGAAAGGGAAGCUUCUUGACUGUAAAAUUGGCUGGCUUAUGUGUGC